CUGACAUUGGUAUAGUAUAUAUCAACUUUGCAGUUCGUUCCGAGAAAUACGAAUAGUUCAUCUGUAGAGAAAUCAACAUGGCGACUAUGGAAGAGUCUCUCCUGGAUGAGAUCACGGUAGCUGCUUCCGUCCAGGAGCCAGUCAAAGUCCAGCUGGUGGUAUCGGUGCAACCUAACGACGAUCCCAUUCCCCAACUGGCGCACGAUGGCAUUACUGCCGGCGAUCUAACGACGGCGAUCCGUGUCUUGAACGCCGUCGCCUCCCUAUAUCCGUCUCACAAGGGACAAGACGAACAGCGCGAACAAGGAUUGGAGCGCUACAAACAGCCCAAUCUCCGGUCGUUCCGCAAAGCGCUCGCGGCUUGUCUCGAGCUGCACCGCCGCACAAUGUUCAACGGCAAAGACGAGGAAGAACACUACGAACGACGACUGAAGGACCGUUCUUUGAAACGGCAAAAGACAGCGGAACGGGAUAUGAACAAAAAGUACAUUGCGAGUACGGCGUUGCGUCAAGGUCGAGUAGAGCGUUUGCAGCAGUUACAAGACGAUGCCGCGGACGAGGAACGUCACAAACUGCUCCUCGCCCUGCAACCCGACGGACACGUCGACACCACCUUGGCACGGACAAUCCCACUGUUGGAAGACUCCUCCGCCCCUGCUGAACACGUACAACUCCCCAAGCUCCGUUCCUGUUACGUUUGCAAAGUGCGGUUCCGCGAAUUACACGAGUUCUACGAUCAACUGUGUCCCGCGUGUGCGGCACUUAAUUGGCAAAAACGCCACAAUUCGGCAAACCUGCACGGCCGUGUCGCUAUUGUGACGGGAUCACGAGUCAAGAUUGGGUACCAAACCUGUCUCAAAUUGUUACGGGCGGGCUGCGUUGUGGUGGCCACCACCCGAUUCCCCAACGCCGCCGCGGCAACGUACCGAGCCGAAGCCGACUUUGAUAGCUUUCGAUCGAGACUACACGUGUAUGGGCUAGACUUGCGGGACGUGACGGGCUUGGAAGCAUUUACUCGCUUUUUGAAGCAAAAGUAUACGGAUGGGAUCGAUAUUCUGAUCAACAAUGCGUGUCAGACAGUCCGCCGGCCCGUGGGAUACUACCGGCCGCAAGUGGAACGCGAACAGAUGUUGUGGAUGCAGGCCGAUCAAACGCACAAAUCCUUGCUGGAUGACUGUGCCGACUUUGAACGAGUUCGCCGGCGAUUACAAUUGGAUCAUAAACAACAGGCUUCCUUGCAAGUAGAAGGAAAUAAGGAUAAUGUUCCUGCUAUUCUAGACGUUGAAAUGGACAAUGGAGGGAAUGGUUUGUCGGAAUCGGAAGAGGCAACAAGGAACGAAAGUGCGCUUGUGGCGUCAACAAAACCGAACAACUCAGUCGCUUCGACGCCGUUCGAAGCCACAGGCCUAUCGCACUCCGCAGCUAUGUCCCAGAUGGUGAUUCUUCCCGAAGACGCGGGUGUCUCCGAUUCAGUGCUGCCCCCGGGAGUGUCGGAUGUCAAUGGACAGCAGCUCGAUUUGCGGACAACGAAUUCUUGGCUCCUAAAGAUGGAAGAAGUAUCGACACCGGAGAUAUUAGAGUGUUUCUUCAUCAAUGCUAUCGCACCUUUUGUUCUCAACUCUCGACUCAAACCUCUUAUGACUACUCCCAACACUGCCAAUCGUUCUGACCGUUAUAUCAUCAAUGUUUCGGCUAUGGAAGGGAAGUUUUAUCGCUACAAAAUGCCCAAUCAUCCUCAUACUAAUAUGGCAAAGGCGGCUCUCAACAUGCUCACACGCACAUCAGCGGAAGACCUGGCGAAGCAGCAUCGGAUCUUCAUGAAUUCGGUCGACACUGGUUGGAUUAACGAUGAGAAUCCAACCGUUAAAGCCAGCAAGAUUGCCGAAACCAACUUGUUUCAGACUCCAAUCGAUGAAAUUGACGCUGCCGCUCGUAUUUUGGAUCCGAUCUUUGAAGGCGUCAAUGGCGGAACAGAGUUUAAGAAAGAUUACGGCAAGUUUCUGAAGGAUUAUCGCGAAAGUGAAUGGUAA